CGAUACGUAUUAAUUGACCCAAAUGUUGUGUCAGUAACUCAGUAUCCAAUAAACAUUCGAACCGAGAGAACAUAUAAAAUGGUGCCUAUAUUCCUUCUUUGUUUAUCCUGUGUGACAUUAAUCGAUUCGACAGUUCUUCCAGAUGUACCAUUUAAGCCCUUGCCUGAAGAAGAUCCGCCUACUGUUGACGACGAUUUAAUGCAUUUUAUUCCAGACAAGACGUACACGGAACAGAAAGUAAAAAUACAAUUAUUCUACGAAUGCCACUGUCCAGGUUGCAGAGAGUUUGAGACCACUGAAUUUAAUGAAACGGUCGUUAAGAUGAAUGAGUAUCUUGAUAUUCAAACUUAUCCGUACGGAAAUGCUAAGACAGAAGAACAUGACGGUAAAGUGGAAUUUAAAUGUCAACACGGGCCAACAGAAUGCUACGGAAACAAACUUCACGCAUGUGCCUUGGAUAUAAUUAAAAAUCACACAGCUGCGUUACAGUUUAAUAUCUGCAUGAUGGAGAGUUCACAAGAAAAAGAGGGAUCGGAUGACAUAGCCGCUGAUAAGUGUGGAGCACAAAUGGGAAUAGAUUCAACACCGAUAAAAUCAUGUGCCAAUGGAGCAAAGGGCAUAGAACUGCUACAAUACUACGGAGUGGAAAGCAAUAAAAUUAAUUACGACUAUGUGCCAUUCGUUCUUAUAAAUGGAGAGGAGUAUCAAGGAGAAAAUUUAGUCAAAGCAGUAUGCAAAUAUUUCUCGGAACCACCACCACCCUGCGUAUAGAAAACUAAAAAAUAAUUGUCUGAUUAUAUAGUAAUUCUUCAGUUUAUUUUUUUUAAAUAGAGCAAUCGAUUACCUAUAUUAAACCGUAACCGUUAAAUUAUGUAUAUAUGUAAUAUAAAAUAACUAAAUUCGUGUAUUGAGGAAUGAUAUGAAUACCUUCCUUAUAUACUAGGCCAGUGUAUAGAACACACACAUCCUACGUUAUAGUAAAUGUUUUAAGUCAUAGAAUAAUCUAUUUGAAACGCUUGCAAACAUACAUAUUUAGCAUAAAUGCCAUAUAAGUUAAAUUUGCAAUUCACAAUAAUACGCUCUUUACCCCUUCGCCAAUACAACAAUUGAGAUGUAAAUCGGUGACAAAUGCUGUUUUUGUAUCAAUGAAUUAUUGAUAGGUAUACAAAAACAGGAUAAAUUGAGGCUCAAAUUUUGGCUUAAAAUAGUUCUAGAAUUACACGUCAAGCGCGUUAGUAAUGGAAAAUAUUAAUACUUUUCCUGUGGAUUUUCCUUAUUUUAUCUUAUUUCCCACUAAACUUAUGCUAUAUAGUCAAUCUGUUAUUAUUUAUUUUUUUGGUUUAUCAACGUUCACCUCUCUACUUCAUGGCCUUGAUGAAGCUGUUACACUUAUCUGUAAUAAAAAAAUAUCAAUAAUA